AUGGUAAGGGAGUACCUUGGGCAAUUGAUGGGGGAGUACAUAUCAAUUGGUUUGGAGAAAGAUAAGGAAUUUGUAACUCCUGGGAAAAUUCUUAAAUGCAGGGCCACCCACUCUGAUUUUGUCGUACCCUACCAAAAGUAUGUGAAAAACAUCACCAAUCAGCUACCCAUUGGAUCAAGAUUCAAAAUGAAACUCGAUAUGGAUGAUUCUCCAGAAAGAAGGUUCAGUGGUGUCGUAACUGGAAUAGGUGAUUUGGAUCCAUAUAGAUGGCCAAAGUCCAAAUGGAGAUGCUUGCUGGUCAGAUGGGAAGAAGAUAUUGUAAGUGAUCAUCAUGGACGGGUCUCACCAUGGGAGAUUGAUCCUUCGGAUUCUCUAUCACCCUUGAGCAUCCAGUCCUCGCCAAGGCUUAAGAAACUGCGGACAAAUCUGCAGGCUACCCCACCCGACAACCCUGUUUCUGGGCGAGUCGGGUUUUUGGACUUUGAGGAGUCUUUAAGAUCCUCCAAGGUCUUGCAAGGUCAAGAAAAUGUAGGUUUGGUGUCGCCUUUCUAUGGAAGCAAUAAGGUGAACCGGCCGCUGGAUUUUGAGAUGCAAUCCAUAGCACGUCAAAGUCUCGCAUCAACUGGGAAAGAAGGGACAAAUUUUAGCGAGUUGAUAAGGAAUCAGCCACCCGUCGCCACGUACACAGGCUUUGUGGAAUCCGAUAGGUUCCCAAAGGUCUUGCAAGGUCAAGAAAUUUGCUCAUUGAGAUCCCUGACUGGGAAAACUGAUUUCAACCUUGGUGCUUGGAGGAAAUCUGAUCUUGGUUGCAAUUUUCUCAACACGUAUCAAAGAGCCACACCCAAUUUCUACCCACAAGGUUCUGAAGGUGUUAGAAACAUGUUUAUUCCUUAUAAUGAUGUCUAUCGUGCUGGCCAAGAUCCUGUAAUGUACUCCUUUAUGAGCAACUUCCCAAGAGAAAAAGCUCCCUUCAACCCCUCUUCCAUUCAAAAUCGGGUUAUUGCGAGGGAUGAAGUGAGACAGCCAAAUCUAACAAGCAAGCAGAGGCCACAAGAAAUGAUUUCUGCACCUCUCAAUUCAGAGGCAAAUUUCGAAAGUAAGAAAGAUGAUACCUUAAAAGGCAUGAUGAGUUGUUGUAAACUAUUUGGAUUUCCCUUGACUGAAGAAAUUUCAAGUUCUAGUAAGAGGAGCUGCACGAAGGUUCACAAGCAAGGCAACUUGGUGGGAAGAGCCAUCGAUCUCUCAAAACUGAACGGUUAUGAUGACCUGCUUAUUGAACUAGAGAGGCUCUUUAACAUGGAAGGCCUCCUACGAGAUCCUGCUAAAGGAUGGCGAAUCGUGUAUACUGACAGUGAAAAUGACCUGAUGGUUGCUGGGGAUGACCCAUGGCACGACUUCUGUAAUGUGGUGUCCAAGAUCCAUAUAUACACCCAGGAAGAAGUGGAACAAAUGACAGCUCAUGUUAUCUUGGAUGAUACUCAAAGUUGUUUGGAAGAAGCACCACCGGUAAUGGAUGCAUCGAAGUCUUCAUCAGUGAGCCAGCCGGAUUCUUCUCCAACAGUCAUUAGGUUUUGAAUCCCAUGUUGGUUAAGUAUUCUGUUGAUGUCUUGUUAUGUACCUACUUAUCUCCUCUUGAACUGAGUACUAUCCUUUUCUUGGUUCCUGUAUUCUAAGUUUAGCAGUUGCACCCUGGGUUUGUUGGUGUAAGCCAGUACUUCAAACUUGUGUUGUCUGUUUAUGAACAUGUAGUUUGUAUGACUAAUGCCUUUUAGUUACAUGUAUUGUGCGUGGGGAUGGUGGAGGAUAGCCCAUUCUUGUUAUAUAUAACA